AUGAAUGCCACAGUAAAACAGUUCUUCAUCGAAAACCAACAGCAGAUGUUAACUAAUCAACAGCCAGAGAAAAUCAUUCAGCAACAUCAGACAUCAACACUUCAGCAACAGGCAUGGAUUACACAACAAAACGCAUCAAUUCAACAGCAACAGGCAACACUUCAACAACAACAGGCAUUAAUGCAACAACAACAGAACACCAUCCAACAACACCAAACAAUAAAUCAACAACAACAGAUAAUAAAUCAACAACAGGAGCAGACAAUUAAACUUUUGCAAAGCUCAUUUAACACCAUUCCAAGUAUCGGAACAACUUAUAUUAGAUGGGGAAGAAAGCAGUGUCCAAAUAAUAAUACAGAAUUGAUAUAUUCCGGCUUUGCAGGUGGGAGUCACUAUACUGAUCCAGGCGCAGCUGCUGAAUAUGUAUGUCUACCACCAGAUCCAAAUUAUGUAAACAUGGUCACUUUGGAAGAGAAGAGGUUUUUGAUUAAUGACCAAGACAUACUAAUUGAUCGUUUGAACCGAGUAGAAAAUAUUGUUGCAAUAUUAAAUGCUACUGUAAAACAGUUAUCUACUGAAAAUCAACAACAGGGAUUGACUAUUCAACAGCAAGAGAAAACAAUUCAGCAACAACAGACAUCAAUCCUUGAACAUCAGACAUCAAUUCAACAACAGAAGACGUUAACGCAACAACAACAGUCAUUAAUCAAUCAACAACAAAUAUCAAUCUAUCAAGAACAGACAUCAAACCAGCAUAAAAAAACAUUGAUCCAACAACACGAGCAGACAAUCAAACAAUUACAAGGGUCAUUUAGCAGUUCUCAAGAAUUUGGAACAACUUAUAUUAGAUGGGGAAGAAAGCAGUGUCCAAAAAAUAAUACAGAAUUGGUUUACUCAGGAUAUGCUGGUGGGGGUUACUAUGGUGUAUCGGGCUCGGCAUCUGAGAGUGUGUGUUUACCACCAGAUCCAAAUUAUUUAAAAACUAGAGGUACAAAUAGUGCUCAAAUAUAUGGUGGAGAAUUCGAUAAUAACUUUUUUUCCUCUUAUGCUGAUGGUCAAGAUGUUCCAUGUGCACUAUGUAGAACGACUCGAGCUACUUCUGUGAUAAUGAUUCCUGGAAAAGAUAGAUGUUACAGCGGAUGGAAGAGAGAGUAUUAUGGAUAUUUAUCGUCAGGAGGUUAUUAA